CCGGGCGACCGGUCGGCCGCGCUCGAGUUGGCGGCGUCUGCCGGGGUGGUGUGUCCCCGAGCCCGAGCGCCUGCCCCUCCUCCCCUCCCCCUUGGCCCGCUCUCAGACUCAGAUAAAGCAUUUCCUUCCAUUGUCAUCCUACCCGGCCGGCCGGGCUGCCAGGGCCCUCCCCCUCCCGGCCCCCUCCCUUCCUCUCGCCGUCUCGCAGUCGCUCCGCAGCCUCCGGCGACUGGGGGGAUGUGAGGCCGGCGCCCCAGCCCCCGGCCCCGCCAUGAGCCCCCCGCUCUGAGGGCCCUGGCCCCUGGAUGCACAGCCCCGGCGCCGGUUGUCCCUGGGAGAGGCCCCGAGCUUCUAUGCAAGAAGGUGCAGCCCUUUCCUUAAGGACCUGAGGAUUCGAGGAACCUCAAAUGGGACUGGGUGACCCUGGCACAGGCUGCCCCUCUCCCUGUGCAGACACACCAGGUUCUCAGACCCAGCCCAUGGACUUGCGGGUGGGCCAGCGGCCCACAGUGGAGCCCCCACCAGAGGCCCCGCUACUGGCCCUGCAGCACCCCCAGCGCCUGCAACGCCACCUCUUCCUAGCAGGCCUGCAGCAGCAGCAGCGCUCAGCCGAGCCCAUGAGGCUCUCCAUGGACCCGCCAAUGCCCGAACUGCAGGGCGGGCAGCAGGAGCAAGAGCUGCGACAGCUUCUCAAUAAGGACAAGAGCAAGAGAAGUGCUGUAGCUAGCAGUGUAGUCAAGCAGAAACUGGCCGAGGUGAUCCUGAAGAAACAGCAGGCAGCCCUGGAGAGGACAGUCCACAGCAACAGUCCCAGCAUUCCCUACAGAACUCUCGAGCCCCUGGACACGGAAGGAGCUGCUCGCUCCAUGCUCAGCAGCAUUCUGCCUCCCAUUCCCAGCUUGCCCAGUGACCCCCCUGAACACUUCCCCUUGCGAAAGACAGCCUCUGAGCCCAACCUGAAGCUGCGCUACAAGCCCAAGAAGUCCCUGGAGCGGAGGAAGAACCCACUGCUCAGGAAGGAGAGUGCCCCAUCCAGUCUCCGGCGGCGACCUGCAGAGCCCUUCGGAGACUCCUCCCCCAGUAGUAGCAGCACGCCUGCGUCAGGGUGCAGCUCCCCCAAUGACAGCGAGCAUGGCCCCAACCCUGUCCUGGGCUCCGAGGCGCUCUUGGGCCAGCGGCUGCGGCUGCAGGAGACUUCUCUGGCCCCAUUCGCCUUGCCGACAGUGUCCUUGCUGCCCGCAAUCACACUGGGGCUGCCCGCCCCCACCAGGGCUGACGGUGACCGCAGGACCCAUCCAGGUCUGGGCCCUCGGGGUCCAGUCCUGGGGAGCCCCCAUACUCCCCUCUUCCUGCCCCACGGUCUGGAGCCUGAGCCAGGGGGAACCUUGCCCUCUCGCCUGCAGCCCAUUCUCCUCUUGGAUCCCUCAGUCUCUCAUGCCCCCCUGCUGACUGGUGAGCCCUGCUGCUUCUCGUGGGAAGGGACUGGAUCCCCACACCCUCCCAAGGGCCGAGCUUGGGGAGGGACCUGUCCCUCCAGCCCCCAUCCUGUGCAUCUUCCUGCUGAGCCCUGCAUCCCGUACCUUUGUCUCCUCCUGCGGCUCUGCAUGAUUCUCUCCUCAUGCCCCACCCCAUUCUUUCCAGUGCCUGGGCUUGGGCCCCUGCCCUUCCACUUUGCCCAGUCCUUACUGGCCACCGAGCGGCUCUCUGGGUCUGGCCUCCACCGGCCUCUGAGCCGGACUCGCUCAGAGCCCCUGCCCCCAAGUGCCACUGCCCCCCCACUGCUGGGCCCCCUGCAGCCCUGCCUGGAGCAGCUCAAACCUCACUUCCAGCUGAUCAAGAGAACAGCCAAGCCAAGUGAGAAGCCGCGGCUACAGCAGAUACCCUCGGCUGAGGACUUGGAGACGGAUGGCGGGGGAGCCGGCCAGGUGGUAGAUGGAGGCCUGGAACACAGGGAGCCGAGCCAUAGGCAGCCUGAAGCCAGGGGCCCUGUUCCUCUCCAGCAACACCAGCAGGUGUUGCUCCGGGAGCAGCAGCGUCUGGCUGGGCGGCUGCCCCGGGGAAGCUCUGGGGACUCUGUGCUGCUUCCUCUGGCCCAGGUUGGACACCGCCUCUUGUCCAGGACUCAGUCCUCCCCAGCUGCGCCUGCCUCACUGCCGACCCCAGAGCCCACUUGCCAGGCCCGAGUCCUCUCCAGCUCAGAAACCCCCGCCAAAGCCCUGCCCUUCAUCACAGGGCUGGUCUAUGACUCCGUAAUGCUGAAGCACCAGUGCUCCUGUGGGGACAACAGCCGGCACCCAGAGCACGCCGGCCGCAUCCAGAGCAUCUGGUCCCGGCUGCAGGAGCGUGGCCUCCGGAGCCAGUGUGAGUGUCUCCGGGGCCGGAAGGCCUCCCUAGAGGAGCUGCAGUCCGUGCACUCUGAGCGGCACAUGCUCCUCUAUGGCACCAACCCACUCAGCCGCCUCAAACUGGACAACGAGAAGCUGUCAGAGCUCCUGGCACAGCGGAUGUUUGUGAUGCUGCCCUGUGGUGGGGUUGGGGUGGAUACCGACACGAUUUGGAAUGAGCUACAUUCUUCCAAUGCAGCCCGUUGGGCUGCUGGCAGUGUCACUGACCUCGCCUUCAAAGUGGCUUCCCGGGAGCUCAAGAAUGGCUUUGCUGUGGUGCGGCCUCCAGGACAUCAUGCAGAUCAUUCCACGGCUAUGGGCUUCUGCUUCUUCAACUCAGUGGCCAUUGCCUGCCGGCAGCUGCAACAACAAGGCAAGGCGAACAGGAUCCUCAUUGUAGACUGGGAUGUUCACCAUGGCAACGGCACCCAGCAAACCUUUUACCAGGACCCUAGUGUGCUUUACAUCUCCCUGCACCGCCACGAUGAUGGCAACUUCUUCCCCGGCAGUGGGGCUGUGGAUGAGGUUGGAGCUGGCAGUGGCGAGGGUUUCAAUGUCAAUGUGCCCUGGGCUGGAGGCCUAGAUCCUCCCAUGGGGGAUCCAGAAUACCUGGCAGCAUUCAGGAUGGUCGUGAUGCCCAUCGCCCAAGAGUUCUCUCCCGAUCUGGUCCUGGUGUCAGCUGGGUUUGAUGCUGCCGAGGGUCACCCAGCACCACUGGGUGGCUACCAUGUUUCCGCCAAAUGUUUUGGAUACAUGACACAGCAGCUGAUGAACUUGGCAGGAGGUGCAGUGGUGCUGGCCUUGGAGGGUGGCCAUGACCUCACAGCCAUCUGUGAUGCCUCUGAGGCCUGUGUAGCUGCUCUUCUGGGUAACACGGUGGAUCCCCUUUCAGAAGAAAGCUGGAAACAGAAACCCAACCUCAAUGCCAUCCGCUCUCUGGAAGCUGUGAUCCGGGUCCACAGUAAAUACUGGGGCUGUAUGCAGCACCUGGCCUCCUCGCCGGACCUCUGGGCGCCCAGGGUACCAGGGGCUGAUGCAGAAGUAGAGGCUGUCACUGCACUGGCAUCCCUCUCUGUGGGCAUCCUGCCUGAAGACAGGCCCUCGGAGCAACUGGUGGAAGAGGAAGAACCGAUGAAUCUCUGAGGCCUUGGAAUAGAUCAGCCCAUCCACCUUGCCCUUCGGACACGGCUCUCUCCAAGCCUCUACCACCAGCCCCACUCCUGGGUCUUCAGAGUUCAUGUGGGCAGGUAGUUGGGGGCAGAGAACAGCCUGCCUUAACAGUCACCCCACCCAGGGAGCUUGAGAAGGCUCCUGGGCCUAGGAUGGGGAGCAGAGAGGACCCUGAGAGGAGGCAGGCUGGGUACCAGCCCUAGCAAGGCUCAUUCAAGAACAGAGGGAGCCCCCUUGGUGUCUGGGCCCCCAGCUGUGGCCUCCAUCCCUCAGGACUGCACAGAGGAGGACUGGCUCAGGUGGGCCCAUCCUUAACCACUAUUCUUGGCUCUGCAGACCCCAGACUUUGCACAUAGCCCCAGGCUCCAUGCAGUAAUGUGAACUUGGCCUCAGCCAGGGUGGCCCUUCCUAGGUGCUGCAGGCUGGCUGGGAGGGCAGGGGGGUUCCCUACUCCUGAGUGCAAGGACAGUCACUCCUUCCGAUGCCUCUGGAAGCUUCCUGUGCCACUGGGUACUGAGAGCCCCUCUGAGAUGCUGAGAGCCAUCACCUGAAGACCUCCCACCUGGUUACUGCCUCCACCAGUGGCCACCUUGUGUCAGCCAUCUCAGUUCCCGGUGGAGCAGACAGGUGCUCAGUCCUAUGCUUCCUGAUCCAAUGGUGGCAAACCUUCGUCUCCCCUCAGAAGCCAGCAUGACGCCCAGGAAUCCCCUCAGUCACUGCCCUCUCUGUGGGCCUUCUCUCUUCUGGGGUCUCUCCACCCCUGCCUCUGUCUCCUACCCCACCUAGGACUCGCUUGGCUGAGGGGAAGAGGGUGGGAGAGUAGACACAGACGUGGGGGAGGGCAGACUGCCCUGGUGAAGUUCUCAAGGCUUUAGGGAUCCCUGCCUGGGGCCACGAAGGAAAGUAUUGUGUAUGUGUGUAUGUGUGUGUGUGUGUGUGAACGAGAAUGUGUGUCUUCCCCAGGACUCACCAUACCUUGUGUAUGUAUGCAUGUUUUUGUAAAAAAGGAAAAAAAUGGAAAAAAAAUCCGAACAAUAAAUGUUUUAUUUGCUUUAA